AUGUCGCUGCAGCGCACCCUGGACAGCGCCUUGCGCUGGCCGGCCUUCCUCCUGAGUCUGUUUAUACUCUUUUGGUCCGUCCCAUUCUGCAGCCUGACCUAUUACAUUCGCUUCCUGGACCUGAAAACGGAGAGGAGGGGUGACGUCUUCAGCUGGGCAGUAGGCAUGAAGAGAUGGUUUGGAAUCAAGAUCCUCAAGGUUGGGGACCGCGAGCUCUUCAGGAAGGACUGCAUGUAUCUGAUCAACCAUCGCAGCUGGGGCGACUUUCUGGUGGAUCAGUACCUGACAGAGGGCCGCUCCACCUUCCUAGCAAGAGCCAUGGUGGCGGUGGCUUUCCCUUUCUUCAUGACUGUCAUCAUGGUCAUGAAGGCCACCAUGGUUUUCAAGCGUGGGAACAUCCCGGAUAAGGAGAAAUUCAAUCGCUGGAUUGACUCUGAAUUCGCGGCCACCCCGCAGACGGCGAUCGCUGUGUACCCUGAGGGCCACCGGAGCACCAUGACGGAUUCCCUGCCCCUGAAGCGCGGCAUGCUGCACUACGCAUACAGCCGCAAGCUGCCCGUCCAGGUCAUCAUUGCAGCAAAUAAGGAGGCCGUCCUGUCGGAGAAGCACAGCACUGCACGCUUUGGGCAGACCAUUUGGGCCGGCUACUCUGAGCCCAUGUUCCCGGAAAAGUACGAGACCUUUGACAAGUUCAUGGACAAGGUGCAGGCCACCUGGAAUGAGGAGUGGAACACGGUCUUUGGGACCAAGCCAGAAGGGCUGAGGGAGUUGGUGUGCGAGGAUCCCAAGCUGCUCACCCCCCUGCACGUCAGGCGGGGCGUGUCCACCAUCAUCGCCGUCGUGGACAUCUGCUUCCUCGCCAUCAUGUACUACUCGCUCCGGAUGGCGCGCCGGGUCUCCGCCGCGCUGGGCCCGCUGGAGGCCCCCCUCCUGGCGUUGCUGGCGGUGUACGUCACGGCCUCACUGGUGCGGUACAGCCGGCCGUACGACGGCGUGGCCGCCUCCGCGCGGAAGGGCAAGCUGGCGCAGGCCAGCGCCACGCAGGCGCCGCCGGCCCCCAAGCUGGCGGCCAGCGGCGUCGCCGACGUGUCCGCCGCCACCAUCAACCGGGCGGCCUCGCUGGCGGCAGAGCCGGGUGACCCCCAGGGACGGCAGUGA